AUGAAAGAAGGUGAAGUUGUUACUAGCUUCUGUGCUAGAACCAUGGAAAUAAGCAACAAGAUGCGAUUUCAUGGCGAGAAAAUAAACUAUGUCAUAAUUGUUGAAAAGAUACUGCAUUCCUUGAAACCAAAAUAUGAUUAUGUUCUAUGCUCGAUUGAGGAUUCAAAACACAUAGAUACUUUUUCACUUGACAAAUUGCACAGUUUCUUGUUAGUGCUUGAGCUAAAGAUGGACCAUAGUUUAACUUUUAAGGAGCAGGCCUUGAAGGCUUCUACUGUUAUUUCUUCUAAUUUUAGAGGAAGGGGUAGAGGUAGAGAAAGAGGGAGUGGAGAUCGAGGAAAUAGAGAUGGAGGUAGCAAAGAUGGUGGUCUGAAAUUUUAG